AUUGAGUGGAGAUCCUGCAGGAGCCAGAGCCGAGGAGACAGCCUCUGCCUGGAAGGAAGGACUCAGAAGCUGUGAAUUUAAGGGACACUGUGGAGAAGUGAGACCCAGGAUGCAGCGUGGGCUCGUGUGUGUGCUGCUGCUCUGCAGAGCCGUCUUUUCUUCACCGGGCCAGGAAGUCCACACUCGAUUCAGAAGAGGAGCCAGAUCUUACCGAGCGAUCUGCAGAGAUGAGAAAACACAGAUGACCUACCAGCACCAUGAGUCGUGGCUGCGCCCCAUGCUCCGGAGCAGCCGAGUGGAGUACUGCUGGUGCAACGGCGGCCGGCCGCAGUGCCACUCUGUGCCUGUCAAGAGUUGCAGUGAGCCGCGGUGCUUCAAUGGAGGCACCUGUUGGCAGGCCCUGUAUUUCUCAGACUUUGUCUGCCAGUGCCCUGAAGGUUAUCUUGGGAAACGCUGUGAAGUAGAUGCCAGAGUCACUUGCUAUGAGGACCAGGGUAUCACCUACAGGGGCACGUGGAGCACCACGGAGAGCGGAGUCGAGUGCGUCAACUGGAACAGCAGCGCGCUGGCCCGGAAGCCCUACAGUGGGCGGAGGCCGAACGCCAUCAGGUUGGGCCUCGGGAACCACAACUACUGCAGAAACCCAGACCGAGACUCGAAACCAUGGUGCUAUGUGUUCAAGGCAGGAAAGUACAGCUCGGAGUUCUGCAGCACACCUGCCUGCUCCAAGGGUAAUAAGGACUGCUACUUUGGAAAAGGGCUAAACUACCGUGGCACCCACAGUUUUACCUCGUCUGGUGCCUCCUGCCUCCCAUGGAAUUCUGUGAUCCUGAUAGGCAAAGUUUACACAGCAUGGAAGACCAACGCCCAGGCUCUAGGCCUGGGCAAACACAAUUACUGCCGGAACCCAGAUGGGGACACCAAGCCCUGGUGCCAUGCACUCAAGGACCGCAAGUUGACGUGGGAGUACUGCGAUGUGCCUCAGUGCUCCAGCUGUGGCCUUAGACAGUACAAGCAGCCUCAGUUUCGCAUUAAAGGAGGACUCUUCGCAGACAUCACCUCCCAUCCUUGGCAGGCUGCCAUCUUCUCCAAGAACAAGAGGUCGCCAGGAGAGAGCUUUCUGUGCGGGGGAAUCCUGAUAGACUCCUGCUGGAUUCUGUCAGCAGCCCACUGCUUCCAGGAAAGGUUUCUUCCCCACCACCUUAAGGUGGUCUUGGGCAGAACAUACCGGUUGAUCCCUGGAGAAGAGGAGCAGACAUUUGAAGUUGAAAAAUGUAUUGUCCAUAAGGACUUUGAUGAUGACACUUACAAUAAUGACAUUGCCCUGCUGCAGUUGAAGUCAGAGUCCUCACUCUGUGCCCAGGAGAGCAGCUCUGUCCGCACCGUGUGUCUCCCUGAAGCUGGUCUGCAGCUGCCUGACUGGACGGAGUGUGAGCUGUCUGGCUAUGGCAAGCACGAGGCGUCUUCUCCUUUCUAUUCUGAGCGGCUGAAGGAGGCUCACGUCAGAAUGUACCCAUCUGGCCGCUGCACGCCACAAUACCUGUUUAACAGAACCAUCACAGACAACAUGCUGUGUGCAGGAGACACGCGCAGUGGAGGCGACCAUGCGAACCUACACGAUGCCUGCCAGGGUGACUCAGGAGGCCCCCUGGUGUGCAUGAAGGACAGCCGCAUGACUCUGGUGGGCAUCAUCAGCUGGGGCCUUGGCUGUGGGCAGAAGGACAUCCCGGGCGUGUAUACCAAGGUGAUCAACUACCUGGACUGGAUCCAAGGAAACAUGCGACCAUGAUCAGGAACACCCAACUCCCUGAACCAGAUGUGACCUUCAGAAGACACCAGGGUGGCACACUCCUUUACAUAGACCUCCCCAUGACCACUACAUGGUAGAAGCGGGGAAGACCUGAGGAAAGGGAGGAUGGCAUGUCUUCACAGGCACUUCCCACUGUGGAAGUUUCCAGGGCUUGGUCUCAUUUUGGAAUGUGUCUGUUGGAUGGCAAGACAGAUCAAUGCAUGCCGACCCUCCAUGACACUACCACCCAGAGCAAAAUGUGGGCACGCCAACCUGUUUUUAGCCAAAAGCCCAACCUCCUGAUCUGUCACCAUGAGAAGCUUUGGAAACGGGACCACAAAGAUAAAAGCAUGUCUCAAUAGUUUAAAAAAAUUACUAGAUCCUUUACGAACGAUGGACUGUAUUAGAAAUAGAAUGUGUAUUUAUGUUCACAAGAGCCCUGCAGGGCAUCAGUGAAGGGGUGGGCUGGCCAGCCAGACUGUGUUCCUCUAAACCACCCUUGCCAUCGAUCUCACCUGCCCCUUUCUCCAUGCCACAAUUCUUGGGAGGAAUUCCUUUUGUGUACAGUGUAAAUCUUCCUUUAUCUUUAUCAACUUUGUGUAGAGUGGGAGAAUCAUAGCAUUUUAAUAACUAGGCUUCAAUAUAUUUAUGUCAAUCGAGUUUUUACUUCUUGUUGCCACAAUCCUGUAUUAUACUAUACUUAAAUAAUAAAUUCAGAUAUAUUUUUCACAUUUUUUCAAAA